CGCUAUGGCGUCGGUGGUGCUGAGUGAGGCGGAGAAGCUCUACAUCGUGCACGGCGUCCAGGAGGACCUGCGUGUAGAUGGCCGCGGCUGCGAGGACUACAGAUAUGCCGAGGUGGAGACAGAUAUUGUGUCGAACACAAGCGGAUCUGCGAGAGUGAGGCUGGGACACACUGAUAUUUUGGUAGGGGUAAAAGCUGAAAUGGGCACACCAAAGUUGGAGAAGCCAGAUGAAGGCUACCUGGAAUUCUUUGUUGACUGUUCUGCAAAUGCUACUCCUGAAUUUGAAGGCCGGGGAGGAGAAGAGCUUGGCACAGAGAUAGCAAAUACAUUCUACAGAGUAUUUAGCAGCGAGAGCUGCAUAGACUUGAAAUCACUUUGCAUUAAUCCCAGAGAGCACUGCUGGGUUCUCUAUGUCGAUGUUUUGUUACUGGAAUGCGGUGGGAACCUUUUUGAUGCGAUCUCUCUGGCUGUGAAGGCAGCUCUCUUCAACACAAGAGUGCCCAAGGUGCGUGUGUUGGAGAUGGACGAAGGCUCCAAAGAGAUUGAGCUCUCUGAUGACCCCUACGAUUGCAUUCGACUCAACGUGGACGAGGUGCCCUGCAUCGUCACGCUGAGCAAAAUUGGGUAUAGGCAUGUGGUGGAUGCCACCCUUCAGGAAGAAGCCUGUUCUUUGGCCAGCCWGCUUAUUUCUGUGACCAGCAAAGGUGCUCUCACUUGUAUGAAGAAAGUGGGGAAAGGUAGCCUGGAUCCAGAGAGUAUCUUCGAGAUGAUGGAGACGGGAAAGAGAGUGGGCAAAUUGCUGCACGCCUCCCUACAGAAGGUUUUGGAUGAGGAAGAGCGUUUGGGGACCACACGGCAAAAAGUCGGGUUUCUAGGAUGAGUUUUUAUUAAAUGUUCAAAACUUUUCUAAUUUGAUUGUCCGUUUGUGCAUGGAAAAAGGAUAUUUUUGUUCCAGCACCUGCAUCCKUCCAGCUCAGCAGUUUCUAAAAUGUUGCUAAGCCUGAGGAAAGCUACAUUUAAGUGUGAAUAAGGAAAUUGGUGGUGCUUUCAAGCCAGAUGAGUGUCUGCACAUAAGAAGCACAGCAACAGCAAUAGAUGCAAUUCCUGGGAAUUGGCUGGUGUAGCCUCCAGGUGUGGGGAUGUCCUCAGUGCGCAGCCCAAGCCAGAUUUGGGSUCUUCCAGGGUUAUUUUUUAUUAUUAUUUUUGUUCCUCAGCCACAUAAUUUUUCSUACUGGGGUAAGAAUACUGUGUUUGGCAGAAGUCUUCCUUCAAAUCUCUUACCUCCCUUUGAACAAAAUGCGGUUAAGUUUUACUCYAGAUACAACCUGGUCCCACCUUUCCACUUUCUGGUUUGAAGCAGAGUUUCUUUGCUAGCAGAGCCCUGCCCAUCCCUUUGACAAUGGGUACAAUAGUCCCUAGCCAAAAUCUCCUGGUCUCUGGGGAGAUGGGCAUAGCUCAUGUAGGAGGUAAGAUGAAUGAGUGGUGAAGAACAUAGUAAUUCARCUGGAGAAGCAUGGUUGCUAUCAGGAAUGGUGCUUUGCAUCCCGUGCUGGGGCCAGAGCUGCGCRUCACUGCUGUCCAUCUCCACCCCUGUCCUCCUAAGUAAGUGUCCUCCACUGGCCCACGUGCAGUGACAUGGGCAGUGAAUGCAGGUGUCUGCUGGACCAGGCCGCAGUGAAAAGCAAGAUGCUUGUACAGYUUGGGAUACGGGGAGGGCCCUUGUCCUUCUGUGGCCUUUUCACAAAGGCAGGUUCCAAAUGGACUGCAUCGAAGCUAGGAGGAAGGGAGAAAGCCGCCGUUCUGAGACCAUCACCAGCUCUUCACAGCGAUAGGUGCCCUGCACCAACUGGCAGGCGCAGCAAAGAGCAAGAGCUCUUCCUCCUGUGGGGCAGGAAGAAACAGCGAAUGGGAGAGUCUGAAGAAAGAGUUAUGUUGCAAGAAUUCAAAUAAACAUUAAGGCAAAAGCUCUGUGACAAUCCAGGAAUCAUUUGGCUCUUACUCAAGCUGACUCCUCAAUUUCCUUUUUUAGUUUCCUACUGCCAGUAGGAUUCUGUCAAAYGGAAGGUAGGGACUGUUGGGGAGAAGGGGAAUGUUUUCUGCAACAGACCUGUGAUCCAGGACAAAACAUGGUGCAACUUUAAAUGAAUAACCACAAUCAUGUUAAAAUAUAUGGAAUCCUUCAGAUUGCAAACAGCCCUUGCCCU